AUGCUUCUGUCUUCCCAGGCAGGCAAGUUGAUCAAGCGCGCACGGCAAGCCCCGUAUGGCAAGGGAAACGAGACUCUGGUUGAUACGACGGUUCGCAACACGCGGGAGCUGGGCCCUACGCAGUUUGAGCUCCGGAACACAGAAUGGCCAGGUUACCUCAACGACACCUGUACCGAGAUCGGCAAGGAACUGGGCAUCGACGCACCCAUUAGAGCUGAACUUUACAAAAUGCUCAUCUACGAGAAGGGUGCCCUUUUCAAACCACACACCGACACCGAAAAGAUACCCGGCAUGUUUGGCACAAUUGUCAUCUGCCUGCCUUCAGCGCAUGAGGGUGGUGACGUGGUAGCCACACACUGUGGCCAGCCGCAAGGUUUACAAAACGUCCGAAGCCGCACAAUUGUUCAUCUGCUGGUAUUCGGACGUGACACACGAGGUUCUACCUGUCACCUCCGGCUAUCGUUAUCUGUGUAUCACAUCCUGGAAUAUGAAUACACCGAAGCCAAUGUCUCGCUCACUGCCCUGAAGAAUAGAGACUCGGCACAGGCCCGUGUUCUCAAAGAUCUCUCUCAGCAGCUUCCAUUCCAACUCUUCGUCGCUCUCCUUGGAAAAGCAAGAUUAUCGGAGUUGCAUGGAUGA